AUGGAGCUCCCGUCGCAACCCAUCACCCCAACUACGCCUACUCACCCUCUUUCUGACAAUUUACUGGCCCCAUCAUCAUACCAAUCUCCCCAACAGCUCCCAAUGCAGCUUCACAAGGGUGUCUAUGUCCCCAUGCCAGCUUUCUUCCAUGCGGCGGACAACGACAGCAUAGACAUCCCAGCGACACAGCGUCAUACCGCACGCCUGAUGGCGGCAGGUGUUACGGGUCUGGUUGUUCACGGGUCGAAUGGUGAGGCAGUGCACCUCUCGCAGCGUGAGCGUCGGCUCAUGAUUGAAGCCGUUGCCGACACGGUGCGCCACGAGACGGACUCCCAUGCCCCUGUGCCCAUCAUCGCUGGCUGCUCGGCCCAAUCAGUCCGUGAGACUCUCGAGCUCUGCCGUGAGGCCCGUGAUGCUGGUGCUACUCAUGCUCUGGUUCUACCUCCGGGUUACUAUCGGGGACUGAUGGACUCCGAAGCCAUCGUCGGUUACUUUGAGCACCUCGCUACACAUGGUGCUCUUCCCAUCGUCAUCUACAACUUCCCACCCGCCGCGAACGGCGUUGACCUUGACUCUGACGUCAUCCUCCGCCUGGCAGCCCAUCCACGCAUCGUCGGUGUCAAGCUGACCUGUGGCAACACUGGCAAACUCGCCCGGCUCGUCGAAGGUGCGCCCCGUGUACGUGGUAAUACCGCGGCAGGAUUCGUUGAGUUCUUCAUUGGUGGUGGCAGCGCCGACUUCAUCCUGCAAGGGUUGGUUGUGGGCGCACACGGUACCAUCAGCGGGUUUGCCAACCUCGCUCCGCGGGCCUGCGUGCGUAUUGGUGAGCUGUACGAGGCUGGGCACAUCGCGGAGGCACGCGCGCUACAGCACGAGGUUGCGAAGGCGGAUUGGCUGGCUAUUAGGUAUGGGUUUGUUGGCGUCAAGGCGGCUAUGCCUAUAUUCCAUGGUCCCACCGAGGUGUCUUGCGCCGUGCCCAGGCUGCCGUUUGAGCAACUAGAUCCGCAAGGGCGUGCGGUUGGUGAGAUUCGAGAAGGGAUGGCGGGAGCACUGGAAAUUGAACGGAAGUUGGCGACGGAAGUGCUGGCGAGCUAG